UGUAAAAUGGCCAAGAGCGUAUCCCCAGAGGAGCAGGCCGCCGCACAAGCUGCUGAUGAAGAGAAGACGAAAGAAGAAUUAGAAUGGGCUGAAAAAGGAUCGCUUUUAUGUAGAAUUAAAAAUCAAAAAGUGAAGGAAAUGGCGUUGGUGACAAUAAAAAGUAAACAAUUCCUCAACUAUUACUCAAGUUAUUGGUUUAAUUUUGUGCCAAAUGCUUUGAAAUCAGUUGCACUAUCGGAAUUGUUAGAAGUUCGAUCGGGUUAUCAAACUGACAAUCUGCAAAGAGCAUCGAAAAAAUACGAAUUCCAAGAGUUGGCUCCAGAGUCUAGAUGUUUCUCCGUUAUUUUUUCUCAUGCCAAGUUCUUGCACAAAUCAGUAGAUUUCAGUGCUGAUUCCAAAGAAACUAGAGACAAAUGGGUUUCCGUACUGACACAUCUCAUAUCAGUUGCCAAACAUCAAAGAGUUGUAUUCAACGAAACAGCAUGGUUGAUUGACAAAUUUCAACAGGCGGAUACCAAUAAAAACGGACUUCUUAGUUUUGACGAAGUUUGGAAUCUUCUUAAACGAAUGAAUCUUCAAAUAAGUGAACGAUAUGCAAAAGCGAUAUUCAGAGAAUCAGAGUUUGAGAACUCGCGAGAUAAUAAAUUGAACGAGAAAGAAUUUCUUAACUUUUUUGAAAGAUUGACUGAUCGACCGGAUCUUCGAUUUGUGAUGACUCAAGCAAGUUCUGAUAACGUGGAAACGCUGACUGUUGCUGAUUUGCAAAGAUUUUUAACUGAAGAACAAGGAUUCGAAAAUGUUGAUUUGAAAAAAGCCGAACAAAUUCUGACUACAUUUGAACAAACUGUUCAAGAUAAGCAAAAAGAAAAAUUGAUGGGAUUGAUGGGAAUGCGUCGAUUAAUGCAGUCAAGAUGGGGAAAUGUAUUCAAACCAGGACAUGAAAGUAUCUUCCAAGAUAUGGAUCAACCUCUGACUCAUUAUUUUGUUAAUUCAUCACAUAACACAUAUUUGACUGGCUUGCAAGUGAAAGGAGAAGCUACUGUUGAAGGUUAUAUUUCAGCUUUACGUAAAGGAGCAAGGCUUUUAGAAUUAGACUUGUUUGAUGGCGAACACGGAGAGCCAGUAAUCACACAUAAAAGAACCUUUAUCGAGUCGAUUACAUUGAGGAAUUCGCUGGAAGCUAUUAAGAGAACUGCGUUUGAAACAUCACCAUAUCCUGUCAUCCUCACCCUCGAAAACCACGUCGGAUUUGUACAACAGGCUGUUAUGGCAGAUUUAUUCAAAGAAAUUCUUGGAGAUUCUUUAUAUAUUCCACCAAAAGAUUCACAUCGCCAUCCGUUAUCAUCUCCGAAUAAGCUGAAAAGAAAAUUCCUAUUGCGCGGAAAGAAAAUUAUUCUUGAAGAAGACAUUGAAGAACCAGAUGAAGAUGAUUCACCAACUGAUAAGGAUAAGCACCAUGUACAUCCACAUCCAGUUGCACCUGAAUUAUCAGCUCUCAUUGGUUUGCCGUCAGUAAAAUUGAGCCAUAAUAUUUAUCAAGACGUCAACAAACAUCCAUUUGAUGGAAGUCCUUCGCUCUCGGAAAAUAAAGUAUAUACAAUGUUUGAAGCUGCAGUUCCCAUCUUCACUUACACUGCAGAAAGGCUUGUGAAGAGUUAUCCAAAAGGAUUACGUCAAGAUUCAUCAAAUAUGCAUCCAAUGGUUUCUUGGCUUUGUGGAAUUCAAAGUGUUGCUAUGAACUUCCAAACCGCUGGUGAAGAGCUUGAUUUGAAUGCAGGAUUAUUCAGAAUUAAUGGAAAUUGCGGUUACGUUCUGAAACCAAGUUGCCUUCUCGAUGGAGUCGAUCCAAGAAGUAUGGCCAAACCAAAAUUGAAGCUUGGUAUUGGACUUUUCUCUGCUCAGUAUCUUCCAAAGUCAGAACCCGGAAAAGAGAUCAUUGAUCCAUACGUCAGUGUUCAGAUUUUCGGAAUUCCACGAGAUGAAACAAAAGCAAAAACAAGAAUCAUCAAGGACAAUGGAUUCAACCCAGAAUGGAGGGAUAAUUUCUAUUUCACACUCUCGUGCCCAGAGCUAGCAAUUAUUCGAUUCUGUGUAAAAGAUUUUGACUCUACAUCUUCGAACGACUUUGUUGGAGAAUUCUCAAUUCCUGUUAUGAGUCUUCGUACAGGUUUCUCGCAAAUUCAACUAAAUACCGGAUAUCAACAUACUCUGGACCCAUCUGCAUCUCUUUUUGUACGAAUUGCAAUGGAGGAAGAGUACUAAUUCUCCUGCUUUUUAAACAUAUUUUUGAGACCAAAGCCGUUUUUAUCACUACCUGUGUGUUAUCUGAUUACAUGUAAUAUAUGUUCUACUGCCCUUUCUUUCGCAUAGUUUUGUAGUUAAUUUUUAAUGCAUAUUUUUAAAAAAUUUAUUGUUU